UAAAAUCUGUGCAUGGGACAGUUGGCUCCCUCCACCCCACCAUCAGAUUAUUUGAUAGGGUUUAAACCUGAGGCAAAAAAUAUUAGAUGAUUAUCUUUAAAGAAACUGAAUAAGCUGUUUCAGCUAACUUGAGCUAGUGUGGGCACUGGUACCCCCAGACAAGGAAUCCUUCUAGACCUGGUCAUUUUCUGGACAAGGAACAUGCCCAGUGUGCUUUCAGCUGCCAGCUCUGACAGGUGACUUGAAGUAGUUCCUCUGAUUUAGGGCUUCUCCAGGGUAAACCCUGGCUCCCCAAUCUGGCCUCCAAGUAAAGGGCUUAGUUCAAAUCGCAAUUAUGUGGCUUUAAUUAGAUUUUAACCGUAAUUCUGACCAAUCAGCUUUUCAAUGGCCUACUUCUUAAACAUAAAUUGCAAACCGAGAAUCAGUGUACAUUUGAGGAUGUCUGGAAAUGUGAAAAAUAAACAAAUGUACAUGGUAAUAGCCUUGGAGAAAAUAUAAUUUAGGAGACUGAUGAACUAAACCUUAGUAUUGAUAAAGUUAAUUUAUGAGGACCCACAAAAUGGAGGCCACCCCUGUGGCCUAGCCCAAGUCAUAAAUCUGAACCUCAGUCAGCCUGCACUUAUGGGACACACCUGUCAGGGAAACUUAACAUCCACCAAUCACAAUCCUCCAAGUCGGCUUUAGCUAGUUUACCUUCCCCUAGGAAAACAUACUGGUAAGCAAACCCCCACCGUCUUAGCCAACCCUGCCCUGUUUCCUGUUGCCUCUUCUCUAUAAAACUCACUCUUGCCCCAAAUCCCUGGAGAACAGUGUCCACUGCUUGUGAGGCACCCCUCCCCAAUUCCGGGCUGUUUUCCCUUGAACCAGGACAGCAAACUCCUUAUUAACCUUAGUUUUAUCAUCUGACAAUAUUGUAGGAGAGAGCCAGAAAGGUUGUGUUGGCUAAAAAUAAUAAGAUGUCAUGAAAAUAAAGAACAAGAAAGAGCUGUGGGACAUUAAAACUAUAAUUGCUGAAAUUAAGAAUUACUAUUGGAGAGUUGGAAGAUACUGGAGAGGAAAUUUCCCAGGAAAUAGAGCAAAAGCACUAAGAAUAUAGGGGGGAGGGGGAGGUUUAGAUGAUCAAUUAAAUCCCCACCUAAAUCAUGGGGAUACCAGAAAGAGUGAAAAGAGAAUAGCAGACAGUUGGAAAUCAUCAAAGAAAAUUAUAGAAAACAAUGCCUUAGGGCUGAUGGGCCACCCCCGUGUUCAGUGUGAAAGGGCCCAUUGGGUGCCCAGAACAAUGAAUGUAGAAACACCCAAACCUAUACACAACAUUUUAGAAUUUUAUAACCCCAAGGAUAAAGAGAAAAUCCUAAAAUAAACCAGAGAGAUAGAAACUGUCACCAGCAAAGAAAUAAGACUUAUACUAGCACUGCGAGCACUAACCAACCUUAACUGUUUAGAAUAAAACACUUCCUGUUGUGGGACUUGGUAAGUGUUGUCAUUCCUGCUGGGUCCUGACUGGCCCUUGUGACUUCAUACUUAGAGCAUUUACGGGUAAUUUCUCAGUGAACUGCAAUUUGUUUUGAGUUUUAGUUCCUCAAAUAUUUUCUCAUUGCUUUCCAUUAAAGGACCAACACAGCAUUUGUACUCAGGCCGCCCAUUCUCCUUCCACUGGACAGAGACUCUGGCUAAACCUCUCGGUGUUCCAUGGAAUACUCCUGAGGCUCCUGAAGUGUUGGGGAUGCAAGCAAGCAUCUUUGGAUUGAUGUGACCACACCAAGGAGUCCCCUAUUUUAUGCCUUUGGUAAAAUGGCCUCACAGGAGGAGGCCGCUGACCAGAGGAUUUCCCAGUAUGAUGAAACUACUAUCCCUCAGCUGUCUGCUCUUCUGGGCAUCGACAUGGUUCAGUUUGUAAAGGAAAUAGAAAAAAAGGAGCAAGAAGAUCGAGAAAAAAUGCAGAAGGGCUUUAACUCAGAAAUGCGCAGUGAAGCAAAAAGGUUAAAGACUUUUGUGACCUAUGACUCCUACAGCUCGUGGACACCACAGGAGAUGGCAGCGGCUGGGUUCUAUUUCACCGGCAUAAAAUCGGGGGUGCAGUGCUUCUGCUGUAGCUUAAUCCUGUUUUGUACCACCCUCAAGCGUCUCCCCAUAGAACACCAUAAGAAGUUCAGCCCGCACUGCGAGUUCCUUUUGGGCAAAGAUGUUGGCAACAUUGCUAAGUAUGACAUAAGAGUUAAGAAUCCAGAGAGCAAGAUGAGAGGAGACAAAACAAAGUACCAAGAAGAGAAGGCCAGACUUGAAUCCUUCCAUGAUUGGCCAUUUUAUGCCCAUGGGACAUCCCCACGGGAGCUCUCAGCAGCUGGCUUUGUCUUUACAGGAAAACGCGAUACUGUGCAGUGCUUUUCCUGUGGUGGAUGUUUAGGAAAUUGGGAGGAAGGAGAUGAUCCUUGGAAGGAGCAUGCUAAGUGGUUCCCCAAAUGUGAAUUUCUUCAACGUAAGAAGUCCUCAGAGGAAAUUGCCCAGUAUAUUCAAAGCUACAAGGGAUUUGUUGAUGUCACGGGAGAACAUUUUGUGAAUUCCUGGGUCAAGAGAGAUUUACCUAUGGCAUCAGCUUUUUGCAAUGACAGCAUCUUUGCUAAUGAAGAACUACGACUGGAGUCUUUUAAGAAAUGGCCCCAUGCAUCUCCUGGGGGCGCAGCUCUGGCCAAAGCAGGUCUUUUCUACAUAGGUAUAGAGGACACCGUCCAGUGUUUUUCCUGUGGAGGAUGUAUGAACAACUGGGUGGAAAGUGAUGACCCAUUAGGAGAUCAUUCGAAAUAUUUUCCUAAUUGUCUGUUUCUCCAAAAUCUGAAGGCCUCUGCAGAAGUGAUUCCAGACCUGCAGAGCCACGAUGAGCUUUCUGAAUUGACGAGGAUUUUAUUUUCAAAGGAAACCAUAAGUGAAACCAGUCUUGAAGAUUCAGCAGCAGUUAGUUCUCUAGUGCCAGAGACAGCCCAGAGUGAAGCCCAGUGGUUUGGGGAGGCAAAAAGCCUGAACCAGCGACUGAAAGAAGCCUACACCGAUGCCAGUUUCCGCCGCAUGUAUAUGCUUGAGGUCUCUUCCAGUCUGGCCACAGACCACUUGCUGAGUUGUGAUCUGUCCCUUGCUUCAAAAAACAUCAGCACUCCUGUGCAAAAGCCUGUACUGUUGUCUGAUGUCUUUGCCAACUUGAACUCUGUCAUGUGUGUGGAGGGUGAAGCUGGUAGUGGAAAGACAGUCCUCCUGAAGAAAAUAGCUCUUCUAUGGGCAUCAGGAUGCUGUCCCUUGUUAAACAGGUUCCAGCUGGUCUUCUAUCUCUCCCUUAGCUCUACCAGACUGGACCAAGGGCUGGCCAACAUCAUUUGUGACCAACUCCUAGAGACAGAAGGAUCUGUUACUGAAAUGUCCCUAAGGAACAUUGUGCAGCAGUUAAAGAAUCAGGUGCUAUUCCUUUUGGAUGACUACAAAGAAAUGUGCUCAGUCCCUCAAGUCAUACAAAAACUGAUUCAUAAGAACCACUCAUCAAGGACCUGUUUAUUGAUUGCCGUCCGCACAAACAGGACCAGGGACAUCCGACAAUACCUACAUACGAUUCUAGAGAUCAAAGCGUUUCCCUUCUAUAAUACUGUCUACAUAUUACGGAAGUUUUUUUCUCAUGAUUUGACCCGUCUGCAAAAGUUUAUGAUUCACUUUAAAAUGAAUGCAAAUUUGGAGGGAAUUCAGAAAACUCCUCUUUUUGUAACAGCAGUUUGUGCUAAUUGGUUUCAAAACCCUUUUGACCGGUCCUAUGAUCAUGUGACUGUUUUCAAAUCCUAUAUAGCAUGCCUUUCCUUAAAGCACAAACUUUCAGCUGAACGUUUCAAAGCAAACGUGUCCUCCUGUGGUAAGCUGGCCUUGAAAGGGUUUUUCUCUUCUUGCUUUGAGUUUAGUGAUGAUGACCUUGUAGAAGCAGGAGUUGACGAAGAUGAAGAUCUAACCAUGUGCCUGAUGAGUAAAUUCACAGCCCAGAGACUGAAACCAGUCUAUCAGUUUUUAGAUCCUGCAUUCCAAGACUUUCUUGCUGGGAUGGGGCUGAUAGUACUCCUGGAUUCCGAUAGGCAAGAAGAUCAAGACUUGGGACUUUAUUAUUUGAAACAAAUCCACUCUUCCAUGAUGACUUUAAGUUCCUGUAACAAUUUUUUGAAAUAUGUCUCCUGCUACCCUUCAACAAAGGCAGGGCCAAAAAUUGUAUCUCAUUUGCUUCAUUUGUUGGACAACAAAAAGUCAUUGGAGAAUCUAUCUGAAAAAGACGAUCUGAAGCACCAUCUGGAAGUUUCAGAGAGAGUGCGCCUAUGUAGGUCAUUGUGGCAGUUAGCUCCAGAAGAUUGCUUUUCACUCAUUUCAAAACAUUUACUGACUUUUGCUAUAAAAAUUGCUUAUCAAAGCAACACUGUUGAAGCAUGUUCUCCAUUUAUUUUGCAAUUCCUUCAAGGGAGAACCCUGACUUUGGAUAUGCUUAAUUUACCGUAUUUUUUUGACCAUCCAGAAAGCCUGCUAUUGUUGAGGAGCAUCCAAGUCUCCAUAACUGGAAACAUGAAAAUCAUGUCACCUGUACCAGAUAGUUCAUGUCUGGAGAGAUGUUGGGACAAAUCACAGGCACCAACUAUACAACAGGACUGUGCUGCUGCCUUUGAAGAUAUGAUGGAAUGGGAGCGGAAUGUAGUUGAAAAACAGAAAGACAUAUUGAGGUUUAUGAGUAUGAUUGUCAAAGCACCACCAGACAUCAGCACUGGCUAUUGGAAACUUUCUCCAAAGCAGCACAAGAUUCCCCUUCUGGAAGUCCAUGUGACUAAUAUGGAUGGUUUGGACCAAGAGAUGCUCAGGGUUCUAAUGGCAGUUUUUUCAGCUUCACAGCACAUUGAACUUCACUUAAGGGGAAGCAGGGGCUUUAUUGAAAGCCUUUGCCCAGCUAUUGAGCAGUAUAAGGCUUCUUUCACCAAGUGCUCCAUAAAUGAAUCUGAGCUGAAUGCAGUAGAACAGGAAUUGCUUCUCAACCUGCCUUCCCUGGAAUCCCUCGAAGUCUCAGGAACAACCCAGAUACCAGAUCAACUCUUUCCUAAUUUGGACAAGUUCCCAUGCCUGAAAGAAUUGUCUGUGAAUAUGGACAAAAAAAAUGUUUUUUCAGUUAUUCCUGAAGAAUUCCUAAAACUCCACAAUAUGGAGAAAUUAUUGAUUGAAAUUUCCGCUGAGAAUGGUCCUUCUAAAAUAGUUAAAUUAAUUGAGAAUUCGCCAAACCUUAAUGUUUUCCAUCUGCAAUGUAAUUUUUUUUUGGAUUUUGAGUCUCUCUUGACUGUACUCGCUUCCUGCAAGAAACUCAAAGAAAUUAAGUUUUCUGGAGCAUUUUUUAAACCCAUCCCAUUUGUCACCAUUCUGACAAAUUUUAUUUCUCUGAAGAUAUUAAAUCUUAAAUUCCAAGAAUUUCCCGAUAAGGAAACAUCUGAAAAAUUUGCCCACACUUUAGGUUCUCUUAGCAGUCUGGAAGAAUUGAUCCUUCCUAAUGGGGAUGGGAUUCAUCAGGUGGCCAAACUGAUCAUCCAGCAGUGUCAGCAUCUUCGAUGUCUCCGAGUUCUCUCAUUUUUCAAGACUUUAAAUGAUGACAGUAUAAUGGAAAUUGCCAAAGUAGCAAUCAGUGGAGGUUUCCAGAAACUUGAGAACUUAGACCUUUCACUGAAUCACAAGAUUACAGAAGAAGGAUAUAGAAAUUUCUUUCAAGUAUUGGACAACUUGCCAAACUUGCAAGAGUUGACAAUUUCCAGGCAUUACACUGAAUGUAUCAGAGCUCAGGCCACCACAGUGAAGUCUUUGAGUCAAUGUAUGUUACGGCUGCCAAGUCUCACCACAAUCAACAUGUUAAGCUGGCUCCUGGAUGCAGAAGACAUCACACUGCUUACUUCGACAAAAGAAAAACACCCUCAAUCUAAACUCUUCAAUAUUCAUUGGAAAUGGAGAUUGCCAUUCUCUCCAAUCAUCCAGGAAUAGAAGAUUUAGCUAAAAACUACUGAAUCAAGAAAAAUUUUGUCAACAAUUCUAAAAACCUAAUUAUCCAAAAACAUUUUACUAAAUAUUGCAGGCAAAAUAAUAGUUAUAAAACAUGUAAGGCAUGUAAAAACAAUAACACCCUGCAUGCCCACCACUGAGCUUAAGAAACAGUAUUACCAGUAUCUUUGAAGUCUCUCAAUGACCUUCCCAACUAAAGUUUAUACAUCUAACCCUCCAUAGUCCAGCAUUAGCAUCAGGUUUUCAGGCUAACUGUGGUAAAGAGAAACAAAGCCAGAAGGAGAGGGUGGAGGGAGGUGCACUGAUCUAGCUAAAAGUCACAGUGUGGAAGAAUUCAGGUUUUAUAUGAAAUGACUAACUUAAGGACUAAAUCAGUUUCACACAUAGGUGAACCAAGAGUUCACUUUAACAGUCUUUAAGAGUCUUUUGUGGGCCAAGAGAUAUUCCCUAAUCCUUGUAGGAUCUGUUCUGUAUAUUUAAUUUUGGUGUAGUCAAGUUUACUUAUACCUUCCCUUUAUCCACUGCCAAUGUGAAGAAGAAAUAGGAUUUAGGGGAAAAUGCUCUAAUUCAGAGGCUUUUGAUUCAAAUGCCCUGACACGCACUUGUAUGUUUCUAAACUUCUUCCUUUCUCACAUAUCCCAACCUCUCCAACUUCCUAAAAUCCUUCCACUGUGCCCACAUGAGUAACCUGCCUAAUAUCCUCAGCGUCUUUUCUAAACGUUCCCUGCACCUUCUUAUUUUAACUCCGUAUUUUUUCAAACUUUUUUAAAAACCAGGACCCAUAGUAAGGAAUAAAUUCUAUAUUGAAAAAUUUGCACAUUUAUAUACAUAUUCACAACUGAAACAAGAUUAGAAAAAUAACUUUCUAAAACAAAGCUAUAUUAUAUUUUACUAAUAUGCAAAUUAACAAAUUAUAAAAAAACACAAAAUUCUUUUAAAGAGUUGUUUAUAUACACCACUUUCAGUUGUUUAUGUAUACUGUUUUCUUUCUUACAUUUCCUCCCACCAGGAUUUUACCUCCUCUUGGCCACCAAAACAGCUCUUAUGAGGGUCACUGAUGACCUCCACAUUGCUAAAUUCAAUGAAUACUUCAGUCUCAUCCUACUUUUGUUAUGAGCAUUUGACCCAUCAGUAGCUUUGAUGUGGUCCAUCACUCCCUCCUCAAAACCUUUUCUUCAUUUGAUUUCCAAGACUUCCCUUCUAAUUCACUGAGAGUUCUGUUUCCUUUACUGCUUCUCCUCAUAUCUGAUCUCUAAACACUGGGAGUACCCAAGUUUUCCUCUGACAUUUCUAUUAAAUGCACUUCCUUGGCUAUCUCAUGCUGUUGAAUGGCUUUAAAUUCAAUAUCUAGGCUAACUUCUAAAUUUUCAUCUCUAGUCCAGAUCUCUCCUCUGAACUCUACUUAUAUCCAACUCCCAUUAAGAGCAUCUCAAACUUCAUAUGCCCAAACCCAACUUCUACCCUUCCUUUCCACCAAAGUACUCUUUAUUCAGACUUCUCCAUCUCAUUAAAUUCCACUUGCCUCGAUCAAAACCUUUCAUACUCCACCUGUAUAUCUAUUGGCAAAUCCUGAGCUCCAUUUGCAAAAUACACUGAGCUCCAACCACUACUACCCAUUGGUCCUAACGGGUUGGCCUGCUUCUUCCCUUGAAACUUAUGAUCUAUUUUCAACAUAGCAGUCAGAAGGCUCUUCAUAGAAAUGCAAUCAUGCAACACCUUUUAUUCAAAAUCCUCCAAUGGAUUCCCAGCUCAAAGUAAAUGCUGAAGAUCUUACAAUGGCCUACAAAUGACCUGACCCCUCACUACCCGUCUUACCUCUGUCUCUUUAAUCUCUCCUCCUUGCUCAAUUCCACUCAGCUGCACUGGUUUCUUUGCUGCUUCCUAAACAUGCAAAACAUGCCGGUCUUAGGGCCUUUGCACUUGUCAUUUCCUUUGCUGGGGAGGUUCUCCCUCAUUUAUGUGAGUGGCUCUCAUUACCUUCAGAACUCUACUCAAAUGUUACCUCAAUAAAGUUUCCUGACCUUUCUUUUUAGAAAGGCAUCCCACUUCCAAUCUCACUCUGCCUAACCCAUUUCCCUACUUCACUUUUCUCUACAGCAUGUAUCACUAUCUGCCACCUUAUAAAGUUCCCACCACUAUAAGCAGUAAUUGUUAUGUCUUGUUCACUGCUGUCUCCUAAGAAACUCGAAUAGUGCCUAGCACACAAAGUUAAACGAGAUUUAGCCAAUCAAUGAUUCUCUCAUCAGUGAUGUUUCUUUCUCUCCCUUCUUCUCUGA